CCGUGCCGGCUCCCCCAAUCCGCAUCGCUCCCCCCCGCCCAACCUAUUUCUACGCGCACCACCCGUUCGUCGCCGGUGACUCGUCUCGGCUCGCGCUACUUCUACUUCGGAAUCGCCCACCGGUCUCGCCCAAUCAUACACCAGCGCCUCGGACCAUCAUCAACUGUCGCAGGAGCUCGCGGGGGCGGUCCGAUCGGUGGUGCAGCGCGCGAUGGCGGCGGCGCCUACGGUGCGGGGCUACGGGCCGUCGUCGUCAGUGGCACUGCCUCGGCCGCGAUCGCGGGUGCCUGCGUCGCUCGUGCCCGUGGCGAGGCGGCGGGCGCCGUCGUCGGUGCGCCUGCGCGCCGCGGUCGCGGACGCGCCCCGCGGCGGCCUGCAGCUCCAGCGGCGGGAGGAGGAUGAGAAGGAGGGGUUGUCGGGGACCGUGUUCGGCAGAGGAGAGGAGGAUGAGGUGUUGGAGAAGGUCGGGGAGGAGAAGGUGGAGGGGUGGAUGCGGGAGUCGAUCGCCGAGAUCGUGCGGCACAUCGGGGAGGCCCCGUUCCUGGUGCACCUGUUCAGCAACGACGACGGCGAGGGCGAACGCGUGACCGUGCGGCGGGAGCCCGCGGCGCCCGAGAGCUGGGCUGACGUGCGGCGCCGGUGGGGGCCUGGCGGGCAGCGGAAGCCCGACGGGAUCAUCCUCGUCGAGCAGGUGGCCGCGGACGGCGGCGCCUCCGCCUCGGAGGCGGCGCGGCAGGUGUGGGGCCUGGUGGUGCAGGCGCGCGGCAUGGAGUGCGCGUCGUGCUACGUGCUCGACACCUGCCGUGUCCGCUCGCCGGCCGGGUUCUGCACGCACUUCUGCCUCGCGCGGGUGCAGUGCUUCGGCGACCCCGUCGAGCUCCAGCUCCGCAAUGCCUGGCUCAACCGCCUCGCCGGCCGCCGAUAGCCGCCCGUUGGUCGCUGCUGCUACUACUGAUUCUACUACUAAUAGUAUUCGAUUCGAUGCGUCAAGGACCAAAUGCAACGAUGAUGCCUCCUCUUCGCUGGCAAGAACGAGGAAGAGAAGCAUGCAGAUUGGAAGCAGGGAAGGCGAACAGAAUCCAUCAAAUCUUUUCGUUCAGUUCGGUUUCUCCCUGAAUUGGAUAUCAAAUAUUUUCGUUCAGUUCGGCUUCUCCCUGAAUUGGAUGUCAAUUGUACAGAUUAUUGGUUGUAAUUCUUGCUUAUUCAAUCAAGAAGCGAUUCAUCGAGGCAAAUUGCAGUUCAUUGGGUA